AUGCCCGUCCUCGUGGAGGAAGAGGACCAGACGCCCAUGCUCGAGAUGGCCGCGCGCGUCGGCGCCGGCGCCGGCGAGAUCACGGAGGUGCCGCCGGCCCUCGGCGGCGCCCUCGACGCGGCGGAGCGCGGCGCCGCCGGCGGCGACGACGACGACGACGACCGGUUGAGCCUGCUGGCCCUCGAGUACGCCGUGGGCACGGGCGUGCCCAGCGACUGGGACGCGGCGGAGCCCGACGCGCCCUGCGGCGAGGACUGCGGCGACGGCGACGGGCCGGUCGCGCGGGGCGCGCGCGCGUGCGCGCGGCGCCUCUGCGCGCGGCUCGGCGCGCGGCGCCUCGGCUACCUCGCCGUGCUCAAGUGGCGCGACCUGUCGCCCGGCGAGGUCGCCGCGCCGUCCGCGGGCGGCGCGCGACGCAUGACGGAAUUGCAGUGCGUCGUCGGGCCGUUCUGGCCCUUCACGCUCCUCGUGACCUACCCGCUCAUCUUCUGCGUCUCCGGCGCCGUGGCCUUCGCCGUGCUGCCGGACCACGCCGUGGCGACGAGGGUCGCGUGGGCGUGCGGCGUGCUCGCGCUCGUCGUCGCUUUGUCGUGCACCGCGUGCCGGGACCCGGGCGUGCUCCGGCGCCACCCGGAGAAGCCCGGCGCGGCCUGGCGCUGGAACGACCAGGCGCGCACCUACCGGCCGCCGGAGUCCGUCUACGACGAGGACCUCGGCGUCGUCGUGACGGGCUUCGACCACGUCUGCCCCUGGACGGGCACGGGCAUCGGCGAGAAGAACCUGUGCGCCUUCCACUGCUUCGUGAGCCUCCUCUGCGUCUGCAUCAUCUUCGACGUCCUCCUCGUCAUGAAGGUCCUCCCCUAG